GUCACACUUCUACCGGCGUUUAUGCUGUAACCGCCAACUUCGAUAGCAGUGAGGCACAAAGCUCCGACUUGAAGAAGCCAAUGCUAAUUUUUAAGGAGAUGGAGACUUACAGAGUUCCACCAGUGGUCACACAAAGAGAAUCACACACCUUAACCCUGGCUUUCUGGCUCCAGUUUUUCAAAAGUGAAGACAGGAUGAAGAACCAUUUGCUUCUCUGGGGAGUCCUGGCCAUUUUUGUUAAGACUGCUCUUGUAACAGGUGGUGAAAGGACUGUUAUCGCUGACAAUAAAUGCAUGUGUACCCGAGUUACUUCCAGGAUCAUCCCUUCCCCCGAAGAUCCCAAUGAGGACAUUGUGGAGAGAAAUAUCCGAAUUAUUGUUCCUCUGAACAACAGGGAGAAUAUCUCUGAUCCUACCUCACCACUGAGAACCAAAUUUGUGUACCAUUUGUCAGACCUCUGUAAGAAGUGUGAUCCUGUAGAAGUGGAGCUGGAUAAUCAGGUAGUUACUGCCACCCAGAGCAAUCUCUGUGAUGAGGACAGUGCUGCUACAGAGACCUGCUACGCUUAUGACAGAAACAAGUGCUACACAACGUUGGUCCCACUUACAUACGGUGGUGAGACCAAAAUGGUGGAAGCAGCCUUGACCCCUGAUUCCUGCUACCCUGACUAAUUUGAGUCCCUGGUCACUGUACAGCUCUGUCUUUAGAGGCUCUCCAUUUGGAUCAAAAAAGUUAUAUUUACUGCCAAUGGAUUUGAAAUCAAGAUUUUUUUGGGUGGAAGGAUGGUACAAAACAUUCCCUCUAGUUCAGACAUUAGCGUUGUUAUCUUUAUUAGGCAAUCAUUUCUCAAUUCUAAGUAUUAAACCCUCAUGCUUGUCUGAGGAGCUAUUUUCAAGAGUGUAUAUUCUAGCUUUUAAAAACAUAAACAAUGGGAGAAAAUAAAAUUCAAAGAGUAAAAAUCAGGAGGCAUAAUUAAAUCACUUCUGUUUUGCCUUGGAGAGCCAGAGCUUUUGUACCCUCUAUUCUUUUCUCUCUCUUAACGUUUCACUGUGUAGAGAAAAUAUAUGUGUAAACAUAGGUUAAUCAAAUAUCUUCAUUAAAAAUCAUAGAGAACAUGUUUUGGAACUAUUUACUAAAAUGGGGUCUCUAUGAAGUGAGUUUGCUGAAAGUGAUACAAUUUGAUACAUAAAUGAAAAAAAUUAUACAGACUUGGCACCAGAUUAUUUUGAUAAAAUUUUUGACAGUCAUAUUAGUGUCUGAAAUUCCUAUGGGAAAUCAUCUGUGUUGCAGCUGAAUCUAAUUACAUUUGUGUUCUGCAAUAUGUAUUCUCUAGCACAAUCUGAACAAUUAAAUAGAUUCAUAAGCAUA